CCCAUUCAACCACUCGCCUCUCUGUUCCAGUGUGUUUACUACACUGCCGAGCAUAAGGGAGACACUCGUCUUCACAUGCACUGAACCCACUCAGAAAAACACUUUCUAGUUGUAUUUGUAAGAAAAACCUCCAGGAGAUCAACAUGCCCAAGAGAAAGGGAGCAGAAGCAGGAGAUAAGGAGGAGCCCCAGAGGAGAUCAGCUCGGUUAUCAGCGCAGAAACCGGCCCCACCUAAGCCGGAACCAAAGGUCAAGAAGGCAGCGAAGAAAGAAAAGGCUGUGAACGACAAGAAGGAGGACAAGAAGACCAAGAAGGCAAAGGAGAAUGCCGAGGCAGAGGCAAACGAGGAAAACCACUCUGAGAACGGAGAGGCCAAGACCAACGAGGUGGAGGCAGCCCCCGAGGAGGCCAAGGAGGAGGCCAAGUCCGAGUAGCACCACUGCCCAAGCUUCCUCCUCUACAAUCCCUCCCCUCCCACCCCGAAAACCUCCCCAAAACUCCCCUUCAGCCAACCAGCCACCCCCCACCCCCCAAGUCUCUCACAUGGUUUCCCUCCAAGGCGUAUUGUUAACAGAGGAAUAUUUUUAUCAAUGAUUUUAUAAGUAUCCGUACAGAUUUUUAGCACAAAAAGCGAAGCUGAAUAUGGAGCGCCUUGCAGAUUUGCAGUGGUCAUAUCAAGUGUCUGCAAGCAAGAUGAACACACUAAAAUCUUUUUUAAAUGGCAUUUCAUGAUUGUUGAAGGCUUGUUUGGUGUAGAAAGUGUGUCCCUGCCGGAUUGGCUAUGUUGUGAGCUGUGUAUUCCUGUGUUUUUUCGCCGUCCCCUGAUAUUCUGCCCCGCUCCUCUCCUCUUCUUCCGCCACAGAUUAGACCUCCCUCCCCCCUACAGUACAGCCUUUAUCCAUGUUUUAUUAACGGUUUAGCCAUGUUAUUGUGGGUGAUUCUUUUAGACCUCUAAAUGUGCAGUGAGUUCCCUUUGCUUCUGUCUCAUGGUCUUGUUUUUUUUUCAUUGACAUUGUGCUUUUAAAAAAAAAAAAAAGCGUGUUGAAGAGUGUUGUCCAUAAGAAAGAGGAAGACGAACAUGUGAAACAUUCCGGGAACAGUGAUUGCCUCCGACCCGUCUCCUAGACGACCCUGCGUGUAAAACAGCUCCCGCUCCAUCCGUGCUGUCAUGUCAGCUUUUCUAAACACUCUGGUUUUUUUAAAACAAUUGAAUUUGGAAACCUUCUCUGACAAAAUGCAGGUGUCUGGUCCCUCUCUUAUGUUCUGAAAUUCUCUUAAUAAAAAGAAGUCCUGGGAAUUUUCCUCGAA